AUGCUGCAUCCGGUAGAGUUAACUCCCUCCGGCCGGCCCGUGCUGUUCCCUGGCGAGGUGGAGAGCCUUUUAAUCGACGACGCGGGGAUAGAAUUUGAAGAGGUAGCAAAUUCCGGCUCGGUUCUUGAAGCGGAGUCGCUUCGUGAUGGCGUCGCGUCGCUCACCACGCACCGGCUGAUUUGGAUCGACGAACGGCCGGCGACAGGUGGUAACCAGAAGCGAGCUUUCGCCGUGCCACUCGUCGCCAUCGCGAAUGCUUCCGCUGCGGGGUGGCGACUCACCUCAGUUUUCGCCUCCCCUCGUGUUCGCAUGUACGUCUUAUUAGACCCGCAAGGGCGGGCGGUUUUGUCGUCUUCUGCCAUUGGCAGCAGCAGCCACAGCACGCAGAGCAGCAACUUAGGGUCGAAUUUAGGACGGACCGCGUCAUUAGUAGCCGUUCUAAGAGGCCAGGCCCCUGCUGAUGUGUUCUUAAAAAAACUCAACGAAGCUCUAGCGGCUAGAAAAUGGCAAGAUUCACCUUUUCCGGGGCUAGUAACCCCCCCUACUGCUGCCUCCGCAUCUCUCCCUGCCCUGCCGAUCGGCGCAGCAGCAGCAGCAGCAGCAGCAGCAGCGGUCGGCGCGUAUGGGGGGAGCGGAAUGGGGGGAUCAGCAACUGGCGGAGCGAACCCCCUGUAUUGGGGCAGUGCGGGGUAUGGAAGCGGGGAAGUGGGGACAGCAGGGGGAGCGGGGGGAGCAGGGGGACCUCCCCCGGUGCAGUUCAGCACAGCAAUGGCGGGGGUGGGGGGGAUUCUGAGGCGCGAGGCGGAGCAGAAGCAGGCCACGGAUCGCAGCCUGCAAGAAGCGUUCUCGGACCUGAAUGCACUCAUGGCCAAGGCGAGCGAGAUGGUGAAACUGGCAGAGAGAAUGCGACACAAGCUGCAGCAGCGGAUAGCCCAUCCUUACAUGUGUGUAUCCUGCUUUUCCUCGCUUUCUUCCUUGCAGGCCAAGGCGAGCCAAGGCGAGCGAGAUGGUGAAACUGGCAGAGAGAAUGCGACAGAAGCUGCAGCAGCAGCAGGGGGCGGCGAGUGGGGAAAUCGCCCCUUCCCUCUCUUCCUCCUCCUCCUCUUCCUCAGCAGCAGCAGCAUCGGAGGAGCUGCAGGACCUGCUGCUGAAGAUGGGCAUUGA